AUGGGACCGGGAAGAGGCAUGGUGGACUGUAUCCCCUUUGCUGCGGGCAAGAGUGCCCUGGCAACCCUGUACCAACACUACCGCUUCGUCAUUGACGGACCAGGCCUGAUCAAAAGCGGCUAUGCGCGAUUUUCCAACUCGCUGUUCGAGAUCCCGCGCACCUUUCGCUUCGGGCAAAUCAUCCUAUGCAGUCCCAAGCUGAUCGAAGAACUCCAGAAUACGCGGAGUGCAGUUGCGUCGCCAGAGCCGUGGAUUGACCAGCUUCUCCAGAUCUCCCAUGUCAUGCCGGGCUACUUUCCCAAGGGUGGCGGAUGGCCUGCCAUUGCCAAAACUACGCCGGGGCUCAUUCGAGGCAUGGUGUACAAGCAGCUGGAUCGAUACAUGCCCUCUAUGGACGAGGCAAUCCUCUCUCAGUUUCGCACACUGGAGUUCAAGAAUGGUGAAUGUGCCGUCAACUGCUUCGACUUUGCGUACUCGAUUGUCGCACGAAGCGGUAGCUUCGCCCUGGUUGGUGAACGUCUCUCGCAGAAUGAGGAGUAUCUGAAGGCCGUCAAGGAGCAUAUCCUCGGGAUGAUCAUGACCACUCGUGUACAGUUUCUGGUCCCAGAUUGCCUGAAACGAUAUAUCGGCGGGUUCGUUAGUCGCCUGGCUACAUUGGGGACGCGCUGGGAUAUGCAUGCAUCACGCAGGAUAUUGCUUAAGCACUUCAAUGCGCGGGCUGCCGAAUAUCAUGAUGAGAUGGCUACUGCAUUUGAGCCAGAUAACCAGAAAGCUAGUACCGAGAGCGUAGACAGGCCGGUCGAGAUCUUCCGCUGGCUGUACGAGAGCUCCCUUCUCCGCCAGCGAUGGAGUUACUCAGAAGUCAUCGGCGAGAUGCUCCUGCUGCAGUUUGCCUUCAUCUACACGACAGCCUAUGCUCUCUACGGUGCACUGGCCGAGCUCGCCCGACGCCCAGAAUACAUCGCACCCCUGCGCGGCGAGGUCGAGGCCCUGUUCGGCGACGGCGCCACUGUCUCAGCGUGUAAUCGAAUGAAACUGCUGGAUUCUUUCCUGAAAGAGUGUCAGCGGCUGCAUCCACCUGCAGCCGUGUCUGCGCAUCGAGUCUGCGUCAAGCCACUGGAACUAUCCAACGGAAUCACCCUCCAGCGAGGAACCCACGUUGGCGUUCCCAGCGCCGUCAUCCAGCGCUUGAGCACCCACUACGCCAGCCCUGAUUUUUUCGAUGGCUUCCGCUUCGCAAAGCGCGCCGCAGCCGGCGCGCAGAAUACGAGGCUCGUGGAUUUAAGCCCGGACUACCUCGUCUUCGGGAUGGGCGUGCAUGCCUGUCCCGGUAGGUGGAUGGCUAGUGCUCUAAUGAAAGUUGUUUUUGCGCAUCUGCUUGUCAACUAUGAUGUCCUCAUGCCGGAUGAUGCCAGCGGCUCGAUAAAGGGGUCGCUUUCGUUUGAGGAGUUUUACGUGCCGAAUCUCAGUUUGAGGGUUGUGUUGCGGGAGAGGAAGAAAUGA